CCUGAACCCUAACCCUGACUUUAACCCAUACCCUUACCCUCAUCUUGACCAUAACCCUGACCUAACUCUAAACUUAACCUUAACCCCUACCUUAACCGUUUUAAAUGUAAACUUCAAUUGGGUGACGUCAGAGUUCAGAGUCCUCCCAAGGAUCCCAUUUAGACGUCUUAGUUUUUUAGUAUCUCCCUUUGCGUUUACGAGAUCUCCCCCCGAAUCCUGAGCGAGGCAGUCACCGAAACGAGAGGCGAUACCCUCCUGCACAACAUGGCUACAAUUGUAACCUCGACCAGAUUUACAGACGAAUAUCAGCUGUACGAAGAGCUCGGAAAGGGCGCCUUCUCCGUUGUCCGGCGAUGCGUUAAAAAGUCCAACGGCCAGGAAUUUGCUGCUAAAAUAAUCAACACGAAAAAACUCUCAGCAAGAGAUCAUCAAAAACUGGAACGAGAGGCCCGCAUCUGUCGCCUGCUCAAACAUCCCAACAUAGUACGACUACACGAAAGUAUCUCAGAGGAAGGCUUCCAUUACCUCGUCUUUGACCUUGUCACCGGUGGAGAGCUGUUUGAAGACAUUGUUGCCAGAGAGUAUUACAGUGAGGCCGAUGCCAGUCAGUGCAUCAAUCAGAUCCUGGAGAGUGUCCACCACAUGCACCAGCAUGACAUUGUGCACAGGGACCUCAAGCCAGAGAACCUGCUCCUGGCCAGUAAGCUGAAGGGAGCUGCAGUGAAGUUGGCUGACUUUGGGCUGGCCAUCGACGUGCAGGGAGACGAGCAAGCAUGGUUCGGUUUUGCAGGCACUCCAGGCUACCUCUCUCCAGAGGUCUUGAGGAAGGACCCCUACGGCAAGCCGGUGGAUAUCUGGGCCUGUGGUGUGGUCCUGUACAUUCUCCUGGUGGGCUACCCUCCCUUCUGGGAUGAAGACCAGCACAAGCUCUAUCAGCAGAUCAAGGCUGGAGCCUAUGAUUUCCCCUCCCCAGAGUGGGACACAGUGACCCCCGAAGCCAAGAACCUGAUCAACCAGAUGUUGACCAUCAACCCUGCCAAGAGGAUCACUGCUGACCAGGCUCUCAAGCACCCAUGGAUCUGCCAACGUUCCACUGUGGCUUCCAUGAUGCAUCGUCAAGAGACAGUGGAGUGCCUGCGCAAGUUCAACGCCAGGAGAAAACUCAAGGGCGCCAUCCUUACCACCAUGCUGGUGACCAGAAACUUCUCAGUGGGCCGACAGCACACCAGCCCUGCGGCCACCACCAGCACGGCUGCUCUUGCUUCAGAAGCAUGCAAAAGUUUACUAAACAAGAAGUCGGAUGGUGGAGUGAAGAAAAGGAAGUCCAGCUCCAGUGUUUGUUUGAUGCCGCAGACAAACAACAGUAAAAACAGUGUAGUGAGCAGUACCAGCAGCACCAAAGACAGCAGCAUAUCAUCUUCAGCACCAAUGGAACCACAGACCACUGUCGUGCACAACCCAGCUGACGGCACCAAGGGCUCUACAGAGAGCUGUAACGUCACAGAAGAGGAGGAUGUGAAAGGCAGGAAAGUGUCUGCAUGCGGGUCUAGCGCAGACAGCGCAAUGGUCAGCCAGUGCAGUGCCAGUGAGGAACAGACCCAGGCUCAGCCCCCUCACUGCCCACCCACCUCUGCCCCACUGCAUGACGAUGCUAAGCACACUUUUGCUAAUUGGAAAAGUUCAGGUCAUAGCUCCUGUCCUGACUUAGAGCAAGCUCUGCCUGCGCCACCCUCCGUGGCCCCAGGGGGCAGCAACGUGCAGCUGACACGCAAACAGGAGAUCAUCAAGAUUACUGAGCAGCUGAUUGAGGCCAUCAACAACGGAGACUUUGAGGCUUACACGAGAAUCUGUGACCCCGGACUAACCUCGUUUGAACCCGAGGCUUUGGGAAACCUGGUGGAGGGCAUGGACUUCCACAAGUUCUACUUUGAGAACUUGUUAAGUAAGAACAGUAAGCCGGUCCACACCACCAUCCUGAACCCCCAUGUGCACCUGAUCGGGGAGGACGCGGCCUGCAUCGCCUACAUCCGCCUGACCCAGUACAUCGACAGCCAGGGACGCCCGCGUUCCUGCCAGUCAGAAGAGACCCGCGUGUGGCACCGCCGCGAUGCCAAGUGGCUCAACGUGCAUUUCCACUGUUCAGGCGCGCCUGCCGCACCUCUCCAGUGAACCUUUUAUCAGACACAGGUGCUGACUGCAGAGAGCUUUACUCUAGGGUCUGUCUGUGCUCUCCCUCACAUACAUGUGCUGAUACUGUACAUAUAUUUGUGUUGAUGUACAGUACCUUUGGAAAGUAUUCAGACCCCUUGACUUUUUCCACAUUUUGUUACUUUACAGCCUUAUUCUAAAAUUGAUUAAUAAAGUCAAGGGGUUUGAAUACUUUCCGAAGGGACCGUAUGUGUGAUCUUAUGUGCCACCUGUUGCAAAGAGGUCUAAGUGCUGUAUGUACUGAGUAAUAUUGAGUUGCCCCCCCCCAAGGUGUCGAAAGUGUUCCCCAGGGAUGCUGGCCCAUGUUGACUCCAAUGCUUCCCACAGUUGUGUCAAGUUGGCUGGAUGUCCUUUGGGUGGUGGACCAUUCUUGAUAUACAUGGGAAACUGUUGAGCGUGAAAAUCCUAGCAACAUUGCAGUUCUUGACACAAACUGGUGCGCCUGCCACCUACUGCCAUACCCCAUUCAAAGGCACUUAAAUAUUUUGUCUUACCCAUUCACACUCUGAAUGGCACACAUACCCAAUCCAUGUCUCAAUUGCCUCAAGGCUUAAAAAUCCUUCUUUAACCUGUCUCCUCCCCUUCAUCUACACUGAUUGAAGUGGAUUUAACAAGUGACAUCAAUAAGGGAUCAUAGCUUUCACCUGGUCAGUCUGUCAUGGAAAGAGCAGGUGUUCUUAAUGUUUUGUAUACUCAGUGUAUAAAGUUAUGUAAACUCAGGAAUAGUUUGGAAAUAUACACACUCUUGACAGGCUGUCCUGUGCCCUCCCUACCACUCUCUCUCCUUUUCUCUCAGCUUUGCCUGAAUUCUGAAGCCGAUUGGAGCAUUUUCUCAGUGGUCGGAUUGGCGCCAAGAGCCCUGCCAGAAGAGACCGCUUGGAAGUUUAAAAUCUAAGGGGAAAAUAUAACAAAAUAAAAUAUUUUAAAGCCGACCGACUGACAACACCACCACCAAUUCAGUCCAACCCUAGCUAUAUGUUGGGGGCCGGCUGUGGCCGAAGCCCUGCCCCCCGGACGGUGCAUGCUUCUGACGCCCACAGGGGGGCGCUGUCUUGUUAUUUUUCCAUGGAUCCAUAUUUUUUGCAGUUUUGAAAGGUGUUUAAAGUAUUAACAUAUGUAAAAAAUUAUCAAAAAACCUUCACAUUUAAUCAGCAGGUAUGGUAGUAAUGAUUAAAGAAAAUAAAUGUGAAUUUUAUAUAAAAAAAAUAGAAAAAGGAGCACACCCUAAUUUUUGUGGUGGUUGUUUUUUUGUUUUGUUUGUUUCACAGUUAACAUAUCUAAUUAUUUCUUUUGUUGGAUGCAAACAAAUGCUAGAAGGGAACAUUUCUGAAAAACGAUAAGCUUGAUUCAAUCCGUAUCGCCGGUUCAGCGCUAUGGCGCGAUUGAAAUUUAAAGGUCAUUUUUCUGAUUGAGCUGACCGAUGCAGCGUUUGCCGUGAAUGCAGUCUCCACGAACGUGAGCACAUUGCCUUUAAAUUUCAAACGCGUUAUAGUGCUGAACUUCCACGAUACGAAUUGAACCAAGCUCUAAAUUGUUACUUGCAGUAAUAUCAAAAUUGAAGACAUUGUUUUAAUGUAGAUGUUAUCUUUUUAUGGGUCGGGUGCAUUGCAGAAGGGACUCUCUUUUUUUUGUAUUCUGAUGUGUUAUUGUGGACCUCUUCAUUUUUAUCCCCUGAAUGAUGCUGUAUUUGAAAGUAUUUUGUGUGUGAAGAUUUUUUUUUUAUGGGGACUUUAUUUAAUAUAGUAAUGUAUACAUACAUAUUUAUAAAGGAGAAAGACUUUACUUUCAGGGUUUGGAUGCGUGUGUGAGAGUGACGGUGUGUUCUCAUGUCCCUAUAGCUCCCUUUUCAGGCUCUUUUGCGCUUUGAGAUCCCCAGUGUAUAUGCACACAUGCAUGCUCACACAAGGCCCAAAAUCCAGGUCACUGUGCUGUGCCCUUUGGGUAUGUAGACCAGCCUGCUCCUCCAGCUCCAGGCCACAUUCUCCUGACCAGCACAACCUGAAGUUGCAGAACACUACCAUUGGUUCAGUGUGCCGAGUUUGCCUUCUUCCUUUUGGCCACUAGAGGGCACACGACACAAUCAAGCCCACUCCUACUAUUCUCUACGGAGACCCCAAAACCACAAACUCUGAAUGCUCGUACACCUCUCCUUCCUAUUGUUUUCUACUCUGGUUUGAUAAAACAUUUUUGGGGAAAUAUGGAAACGUGUAAUAAAAUCUAAAAUGGCCGGUACUGUUGCACAAACUUGAGACUCAAUGCUGUUAUGUUCACUCCCCGGAUGAACGUUUCUGCAACUUCAGGUUAAGCUCACUUACUCCUGGGGUCUCUACCUGUGUUUCUGUAGUUAGCGACCCUGCUAAUCAGCUUUCUAUUAGCGCCACUCAGUGUGAUAUCACCCUUUGCCUGUCUCUUGUUCUGGUCCCUGUCCUGUUCUCGAACAUUGUAUAUUGUCCGUCUUCGCUUGCCAUACCUCUCUGUAAAGUCAUUGGCACUAAAAGCAUGUGAAAAUGAAAAUGCUGUAAAGUGGGGUGUUGAGUUGGCCAGUGGCUGGUGGUGGCAUGUCGAACAGCUGGCUGGGGAUGGGCCGGGAGGUGGAUCUGGGGGCCACGCUUAAGGCAAUCAAUGGAUUGGUCCCUUUAUCCUGGUUUCAGUUGUUCUGUUGUUUCAACUGUUCUAGAUGUUAGUGUUUGUACUGUUGGUAUUAUUAUGAAUAAUCCAUUUAUUUUUGAGAUUGGAGCUGUAAAUAUGCGGAGGCAGUUGAGGUGGGGGUUGGGGCUCUGGCAGCUAGCCAAUCACACCCAAGCCUCCCCUCUCCAACCCAAUUCCCACAAUACACAUAUGUGGAAUCAACACAAACACAGUGCACUCCCAAUGCAAAUUCUAUUUGAAUAUAUAUACACUGAACAAAAAUAUAAACGCAACAUGUACAGUGUUGGUCCCAUGUUUCAUGAGCUGAAAUAAAAGAUCCCAGAAAUGUUCCACACUCACAAAAAGCUUAAAUAUCUGAAAUUUUUAGCACAAAUUUGUUUACAUCCCUGUUAGUGAGCAUUUCUCCUUUGCCAAGAUAAUCCAUGCACCUGACAGGUGAUUAAACAGCAUGAUCCUUACACAGGUGCACCUUGUGCUGGGGACAAUAAACAGUCACUCUAAAAUGUGCAGUUUUGUCACAUAACACAAUGUUGAGGGAGCAUGCUAGAAGGGAACAUUGGGCAUGCUGACUGCAGGACUGUCCACCAGAGCUGUUGCCAGAAAAUGUAAUGUUCAUUUCUCUAGCAUAACAUCAUUUUAGAGACUUUGGUAGUACAUCCAACCGGCCUCACAACCGCAGACCACUUGUAACCACGCCAGCCCUCCACAUCCGGCUUCUUCACCUGAGGGAUUGAGGGGGUUGCCAUUAACGGGAGGGGGGGGGGGUGCUUCUGAGGAGUAUUUUUGUCUGUAAUAAAGCCCUUUUGUGGGGAAAGAACACUGAUUGGCUGGGCAUGGCUUCCAGUGGGUGGGUCUAUGCUCUCCCAGGCACACCCAUGGCUGUGCCCUUGCCCGGUCAUGUGAAAUCCAUAGAUUAGAGCCUAAUUUAUUUAUUUCAAUUGACUGAUUUCCUUCUAUGAACUGUAACUCAGCAAAAUAUUUGAAAUUGUUGCGUUUAUAUGUUUGUUAUGAGACACACAAAAAUACACACUAAAAACAAUCUCCCUUUAAAAACAUAUCUUUGUGAUAAUGGUAAAACAUUGGAACACUGUUUUUCACUGUGUUGUAGCAACUUGUGACUUUGUACUGCCAGAGGGGUGAAGCUUGCUGUUAACCCCUUCAUUUCUGUGCUAAGCAGCUCCAUAGUACUGGCGUUCCAUAGAACCUGUGGAAGGCCGGGCACCGAAAAGACAACAACCUACCGAUGAGACUCUUGGUCAUAAAAAAUGAUAUCAAAACAUGUUGAAUGAAACACGUUAAAACAAAACCUGUGCUGUGUUCAUAUCAUUGCUCACACCUGCCCACCCUACUGCGCGUUGUGACAUAUCUGCCAUGCCAUGAAACUGUUCCCCUUUUGCACCAUAAUGCAAUGUAUACAGUACUGAACUGUGUGAUGUUGUUUUUGGCUCAAAUAGUUUUUCCUGACUUUGUGCUGUGGGCACUGGCCUCUCUCUCUCUCCCACUGGGCCUGAUGCUUCCAUUCAUUGCGUCGGUGUUCACACAGCCAUGGGAAUGAGAACUACCAUGCGGUUUACGUCAACUCUUCAAAAUAAUUCAAAGGGAAGAAGAGGAGAGAAAUAGUUAUUGAGGGAAGGAUAGUUAACCUUGGAUUAUACUAUAGCCUACCUAACUAGCUAGCAGGACAGGACGAGAGCCUUGAUAUACUUACAAAAACAAAAUACUGAAAAAUACAUUAAAAGCCACACACUUUAACAACUAUAUAUGCAGUUUUACAAGAGAAAGAAAUAUGCAUGUCUACUUUCUGGUAAUAUUUUUCACUGUCUGUGUUUACUUGAUUAAGAAAUGGAAAUCUAUAUGUUACUUGCAUCCUCAAGGUCAAUGAAAAUGUCUCCGUCUCAAAUAUUGAAAUUAAGUGAUAUCACGUUUAAAAAAAAGUUAAAAAAAUUAAAUAAAAAAAGGUAAAUUUACUGCAUUGUAAUCAUAUACUAAGGGUACAUAUGACUAUACUCCGUUUUCAUUUGGAUGCUGGAUUUUUGCAUGACCAUAUAAUAAAUAAAACCAUGACUUAAACGA